AAUUAGCUAGAUUACCUUAGGCAGGGUGAAGCGUGAAACAUGACCCGCUGUUGUUUCACAGUUUUGGACCAAGAUGAGCUCAUUAAUGUGGUAUUUGCUUUUUGCAACUUUGAUUACCUCUGGAAUGGUGUCUGCAAAUGAGUCCUCGACGCUGCAUAUGAAGGUCAGUUUUUGUAAUAUUACGGGCGUUUGGCGCAAUGAGCUGGGCUCCACGAUCCGUCUGAAAGCAGAAGGGUCAGAGGUCAGAGGUGUGUAUCAGACCGCGGUGGAGAGCACGCACGGCGCCGCCGGUUUACACCGAACGGCACACAUCAUCGGGAUAGCUGGUAAUGGGACUCAACCUACCAUUUCGUUCUCCGUGUUGUGGGAGAAAGGUUCAUGUUCUGCUUGGGUCGGUCAGUGUUUUAUUUUACGUGAUGGUGCACAAGUGCUGAAAACGUUCUGGAUGUUGCGCAGUGUAGCUGACAACCUGGCAGGUGACUGGGGAAGUACCAGGUUGGGAGAAGAUCUUUUUUUUCAAGACUUGAAUUUCAAAUGAAGCCAGUAAAAGAUUCAAUGUCAUUUAAAUUCCUUGAAGAUGUUGAUUUUCAAGGAGCUUGAGAAGUAUUUAAACCUACUGAGACAUUUAAAAGCCUUGUAUAAAACCCUCAAGCUUAAUAAAAGACAGAACAGAA